CCCGUAUCAAAGGUCACGAGAGAGGAGAGGCGGAAGCGCUCGGCAGUCCGAGGUGGCGGAGGGGUCGCUUGCCCCGUUUCCCUCCCGCCCGAGCUGCGGCCCCGCAGGCCCGGCACCCUCCGCGGGGCGGCCCUAUGAGCGUCUCCCUGGUGGUCCUUCGCUUGGAGCUGGCCGAGUCUUCGCCCGUGCCGGGCGGCUUCUCCUACUGCGGUGCCACUACUGAGAUGUCUAAUGAGGCCAUUCAGGAGACGUCGCUGGCGGCCGCUUCGGUGAGCUUGGAGGGCAAGGCGCCCAUGGAGAGGGCGGCCAUAAUCCACCAACACAUCGGCCGGCGGGAGAUGACAGACGUGAUCAUUGAGACGAUAAAGCCGGAUCCAGGUGAGGUGAAAUCGAUGAUGGAAAAAGCUGGUGCAGCGGAAGCUUCCUCCCCUGAGGAUCCCAAUAAUCAGGACGGCCAGAGUGGAAGCAUUGGGACUACACCGGAUUCUCCGUCAAAGCAGCUCCCUGACCAGAUUUCCUUUUUCAGUGGAAAUCCUUCUGUUGAAAUAGCUCAUGGCAUUAUGCACCUCUACAAGACAAACAAAAUGACCUCAUUAAAAGAAGAAGUGCGGCGUAGCGCCAUGCUGUGUAUUCUCACGGUCCCUGCCACAAUGACCAGCCACGACCUCAUGAAGUUUGUGGCUCCUUUUUAUGAUGUCAUUGAACACAUGAAAAUCAUCCGAGAUUCCACCCCGAACCAGUACAUGGUCCUCAUCAAGUUCCGGACCCAGGCAGAUGCGGAUAGCUUUUAUAUGGCUUGCAACGGUCGGCAGUUUAACUCCAUAGAAGAGGACGUUUGCCAGCUCGUCUAUGUGGAAAGGGCAGAGGUCUUCAAGUCAGAAGAUGGGGCCAGCCUCCCCGUCAUGGAUCUGACCGAGCUCCCCAAAUGCACCGUCUGCUUGGAGAGGAUGGAUGAAUCGGUCAACGGGAUCCUGACCACGGUCUGCAACCACAGCUUCCAUAGUCAGUGUCUGCAGCGGUGGGAGGACACCACCUGCCCCGUCUGCAGGUACUGCCAGACUCCAGAGCCUGUGGAAGAAAACAAGUGUUUUGAAUGUGGAGUCCAAGAAAACCUUUGGAUAUGUCUCAUCUGUGGGCACAUUGGAUGCGGGCGUUACGUGAGCCGGCACGCGUACAAGCACUUUGAGGAGACACAACACACCUACGCCAUGCAGCUGACCAAUCACAGGGUCUGGGACUACGCCGGUGACAAUUACGUCCACCGUCUGGUGGCCAGCAAAACAGACGGGAAGCUGGUUCAGUACGAAUGUGAGGGGGAUGUGUGUCAAGAAGAGAAAAUCGAUGCCUUACAGUUAGAAUAUUCCUACUUGCUAACCAGCCAGUUGGAGUCCCAGCGCAUCUACUGGGAGAACAAGAUCGUCCGAAUAGAAAAGGACACAGCCGAAGAAAUCAACAACAUGAAGACAAAAUUUAAAGAGACCAUUGAGAAAUGCGACUCGCUUGAACACAAACUGAAUGACUUACUGAAGGAGAAGCAGUCGCUCGAGAGGAAAUGCACCCAGCUAAAUACCAAGCUGUCCAAGCUGACCAGCGAGCUGAAGGAAGAGCAGGAGAUGAACAAAUGCCUGCGGGCCAACCAGCUCCUGCUCCAGAACAAGCUGCGGGACGAGGAGAAGCUCCUGAAGGAGACCUGUGAGCAGAAGGACCUCCAGAUCACCGAGAUCCAGGAGCAGCUCCGGGACGUCAUGUUCUACCUGGAGGCCCAGCAGAAGAUCAACCACCUGCCGGCGGAGGCCAGACAGGAGAUCCAGGACGGGCAGAUCAACAUCCCCAUGGCCUCUUCGGCGGGUUCCUCCGCGGGGGGCAGCGGGAAGCCCCCCUCCCGCAAGGGAAGAAGCAAAAGGGGCAAGUGACCGAACGACGCUGGAGCAACGGAGGUGACUGCUCUUGGGCACAGGAAGGGUGUCCGGAGGGCAAAACGAGAGUUGUCUGUUUUGGCAAAAAUGGGCUGGAAAACCUAGCCAGGGAUGAGUGUCCAGUUUCUGGGUCCUUUGCGCUAAACCCUUGGCCAGCGAUGGCCGUGAAGGCGUCUUUUCCUCUGCUAGCUAGCUUGCCGUAGGCUCUCCGUAGUGAUCUCCAAACCAGCUGCCGGGCUUCCCUUCCCUCCCCCCCCCUUCUGCUUCCUUGGGAACGCCCUCUUUGAAAACGAGCGUGGAAACCAAAAUACUGGCCGAGCCGUAGGUUUUAUUUUGGAAGCAGCAGGCAAGGCUGCUGCUGCUGCUGCUGCUGCCACUUGACAUCCAAUGGAGGCUGAAAGUUAUACCUGAAUGUAGGCUUCCCUCCCCAGGAUGAGGAGGGGGGGCAGUUAGUGGCCUUGGGGAGAGGCAGGCUCAGCUCAGAUGGAAACCUGAAAAGGUGCUGGAGAAUAUCAGGGCAAAAGUCCUUUGAUUGGGGAAAUGUGCCCCCCUUUCUUGAUACGCUGUUUGUCCUUAUGGGGUCUCUCACCCUCCCUCCCUGCCUUCCUGCCUCCCCUUUUCCUCCCCUUUCCUUGCAGCUAACUCUUUCCUCCUGCCAUGGUGGAUCCCUGGCCGUGCAUUUUGUGGGGUCCUGUCCCAUCUCCUUUUGCCAUUUAGGGGGCAGAUUUAUAGUGAAGUGUGUUUGUGCACAUUUGCCUUGCUCCUACUUCGGAGUUUCCACUCAGUCCCAUGCAUGUCCAUGGCAGGACUCCAGGCGUGGCAUUCUGCUGCAGUCGGGCCCUUGGAAAGCUGCUCUCCUCCUCCUGCCCCACCCCCAAGUCUCUGCCCCAAGCUCCCUUUUCUGAAAAGGAGGAAAUGGGCACUGGGGUGUUGGUUCUGCCCCCUUCCGUGCAGGCAUCCCGCAUUCUGCGUAACCCGUUAAACUUCGCAGCAAGCAUUAGAUACAGAACCAGCUAAACACCUGCAGAGUUUUAAGAAAGCUUAGUUUGCACAGUAGCUCGCAAGGCACGUUGGUCCUUCAGCGCAAAGAGCCGGUAGUCACACUUUUCGUGGAAGUGGGGUUUGUUUCUUUAGUGUGUAAGAGAGGUAGUAAGUUAUUGAUUAGUUUGGAGGCCCCCAAGUGACGUGGCGCCUCCGUAAGGAAUCUUGCUUACUUUCUGCAGUCGGGGCCUAGCAGACACCUGGGUUUGGCGGCCGAAGAUUCUGGCAGCGAUCAAGCCAGCUUCACAAGGCUCUGGGUUCAAGGUUUGCCUUCAUCCCAGCCUCUACAUAGAGGGAAAUGGUUUGCUUGGCAUCUGGUCAAAGGCCAAGAUCCUGGGUGGUGGUUUUCCUUUUAUAAGCCAGAGGCAAAAUCCAGGGCUUGUUCUUGGCUUAUAAGAACCUCGGCUGCUUUGCCAGCAGCCAGUCGGGAUCCUGAGUUUUGGCCACAGUAAGCCAACCAAGUUGCUUGCAACAAAGCACCCUGAGCCUUCACAAAAGUGCAGGGUCUGCACACCCCUAAUUCUGAGCUAUUGUGGCCCCAGCAGUCUUUCCCUGAAGUCAGGUGGGGGGGGGGAGAGGCUAUGCCAUGAGGAGGAACUGUGUGUGUGUGUACGUGCGCGCACGCGCGACACCAACAUGCAGCUCAUUGAUCUUCCCACUCCCUAGUUUCUGAGCCUCUUUAGGUCAUGUUUUUCCUAAAAUGAAAGCAUGGAACAAGUGCAUUUUAAAAUUCAAACUGCACAGGGCUAUCUCAGAGAAUAUAAGAGCCAUGACUUCCGCCACACAGCACUUACUGAGGUUAUUUUUUUUUAAAGGAUCCUGGGAUUUUUUUUCUUCUUUUGCAUUGCCUUGAUUAUUGCUGUGUACGGUUUUGCUUCCUCAUCCAUGAGAAGGAAGUGAGCGCGUGGCCACGCCGUCGGGCACGGGGAAGCGGAUUCUGACAGAGAACAAGAAAGGAAGAGGGGAUGAGUUCAGAAUUAACAGGAGCUGGUUGCAAAGAACAGAGUAACUUCAAAAGUACAUUUUUAUUAGCAAAUUUGUCAUUAGUCAAGCAUUGGGGGGGGGGCUGAGAGGCUGCUCUCCUAACUGAUCAAGCAGUUUUUAGAGGCGUUUUCGGUCCUGUUUGUAACUGGAAAACGCCACUUAUGUAUCAAGGUAGAGCAAUGAAAAACCCUCCGACGGGCUUAGCUGAGAACAGCCUGUCUUAUUCAGGGGUAGCAUGCAGCUUGACUGGCAUGCAAAACACCCAUCAAUGUCUACUUUCAAAAAAAAAAAUAUCUGGAUUGUAACAUCAGCAAUGAGAGUAUAUUAAACCGGAUAAAAAUCAA